UCCAAAACAAUUUGAAUUUGAAAAUAAAAUAAUUAGCAAAAAUGAUAAUUGUCAAAUUAAUAUUAACAUUCUAAAGACUACGUACAUACCAAAAUCCACCAAUGACAAACGUUUUUAUAUAUAUUUUUAUUUAAAUUUGUAUCUUCCUAGCUAAAGAACCCUGAAACAAACCCUUUUUAAAAAAAAUAUAUACUUAAGUAGGUCAACCCCUAGGAGUCUAGAGCAUGCGUCUGUUUAUAAACCCUUUAUAAAUAUAGAAAUUUCAAUUGCACUUUAUUGAUUACUCAAAUUGCAUUAAUGGAAACAAAUUUCCAAGAGGAAUUUGAGCGUAGCUGGUUGACAUCUAUUUUAGGCUUUCUAGUAUUUUGUACUGGAGUUUAUCUAUUAACAUGGAACGAGGGCAGAGCAGUACACCAUCACCACUCCCUAGAAGAAACAUACAACAAUGCUAUUUCUCUAAGCCCUUUCGAUAAACUACAACCAGAUUACGAUGGCAGAGUUGUUCAUAUUACAGCUAAUUUAGUUGUAGAUGAGCCUUUAACAGAGCCAGAAUAUGGAAUCUCAAUUCAAGCAGUUAAACUUAAAAGGAGGGUGCAAAUGUAUCAAUGGGUUGAGGAAUAUACGCCUAGAAACGAUGAUGGUGAUGAUAUAAUUCGUCAGCAAUCAACUCAAGAUUAUUAUUAUGUAACAGAAUGGAGGGACAAACUAGUUGAUAGUAGUAAUUUUUAUAUAAGAAGUGGACAUGAAAAUCCAAAGAAAAUUCCCCUUAAAACUGUUACCUAUGUUGCACCCUACGUUAAAGUAGGGCCUUUAUCUUUAAGCCAUGAACUAAAAGAAAAGUUCACUGAAAUGGAAGAAGUAACUAGCGAUGAAAGGCCUGAUAGAAAAGAUAUAAAGUUGCAUAUGGGUAUUUAUUAUCAUUGUCGCGAUGUGUGGAAUCCAGAAGUUGGUGAUAUCCGUGUCCAAUUCUACUAUGCUGGUGAAACUGGAGAGCCUGUAACUGUGAUUGCUAAGCAAGAAAAAGGCACGCUGGUACCUUACAUGACAUCAAAGGGCAAGGAAAUUGCUCUGCUGAGAUAUGGCAAUUUGGAUAUAGUGGAAAUGUUUAGUGCAGAGCAUUGGGAAGCAAAACUAGCCACAUGGAAAAUGAGGUUUUAUGGAGCGUUUUUUGUUUAUUUUGCUGUGCUGUGUUGGUCAAGACUUCUAAAGAUUUUUUUUAAUGGUAUUCCAUAUCUUAGCAACAUUAUUUCUGGAGAAGCGACUGAUUCGAGGAACUUUUUGGUUGCUGGUUCUGUAGCUCUAUUUGUUAUUGCUCUUGCUUGGAUACUUUAUAGGCCAGUUAUAGGGGCGAGUUUAAUUUUUGCGGCAGUCAGUCCGUUUUUGUAUUGCGUAAUGGGCGUUUAUGGAGCUGCAAAUCAUAUCAGAUGAAACUGAGUUUGUUACUUUAUGUUUGUAUACGGGAUUGUUUUCUGAAGUGUGAUUUUAAUUAAAAUUUUUCGUAUUUGUUUUAUUGCUUCUUCUAUUACGAAUAUUUAUUUCCUUUUAUUCAUUCUUUUUUGAAUUCAAAACUAGAAUUUGAAGACUGCCGCCAACAGUUAUCGAUAUAGGUUACAUACAUACAUCGAUACGUCCUCGAUAAAGGUACAUCAAUGUAUCGAUGAGGAUCUUGCAAGAUUACCAUUAUAGGUAUGUUUCCACAGAACUCACAAACCAGUCAGAGCGUUGUAUGUUUUUGAACCAAUGUAAUUCGCUCUCACUGGUUUGUGAUUUGUGUGGAAAUAGAUCUGACCUGCUUUCUUUUUACAAGCUUGGGCGCCCCACGUCGCCCUGAACUGAUGAACAGCAUCAGAAAAUAAAUAUAAAAACCCCAUUCCAAGCAAAUUCUUUUACCUUUUCAACUUAUAAGGGCCGUACUUCAAGUACCUGAAACCCUACUGAUCUUUUAAAAAAAAGGACACAAUGUUAAUACAUAAAUAUAUUAAAAAUUCUAAAGUGUUAAAAUAAUUAUUAGAGCAUCAUCAUUAUUGGGCUCCUGAAGAUUUAGUAGAAUCAGGCCUUCUAAGUCCCAAAUAAGUCUUGGCGAAUUCCUCUUGAUUUUUGUCAGCGAAUUGGUUGAGACCUUGAGUCCAAGUCACUUUUCCAGCUUGAUAUUCUUUAUUGUGAGCGGUCACUUUCUUAACGUUUUCUUGGAAAAUUCCAAACCUUUUCGAUUCUUCUUCAGGCGUAUCAUAAUUUUUGUUAUGCUGGACCUAUAAAAUACACAAAUUUAUUUGAAUUUAUAUGCAAGAAAACAGCUAACUACAAUAACAUUUUAAUAUUCAAAUGAUUCCACCUAAUUAACAUUUAAAAAUUUGUUAGCCUUGAAAUUCUUACUUUCCAAUCAGCCCAUAAUUGUUGAACAUCCACGGGUUCAAGAAGCAAAUCGGAUGUAGGUGCUGGAGCAGACAUAGCUACUGUAGCUACAGUAAUCAGCGCAAAAACUGUAACGAACAUGGCUGAAAAGAAAAACGAGAUUUUAUUGAAAAUCAGCACUCGUACAGAUUAGAUAAAUGUUCCGGAGUCGACUGAUUGUACUUGAAAACGAGCGCUUGGU